UUUAGAACAUGCAAGCAGAAACGCGGGAAAACUCGUUGGAAAUUUGGAAACUAGAGCGCCAGUCUCCUGUACUCGUCAAGAGCAUUGGAGAAGAAUCCCCCGCGGUUAAGAAUAUUGAACAACAGACGAAAGAUCUUAUUGAACACAAUGAUAAAUUAUCACAAGACAUCGCGGUUGGAAUUAAUGGGGUAUGUCAUGCCUAAAAUUACAAAAUUAAAAUUACAUUUCUACAGCGCAAGUUAACAUAUGGACAUGAGCACUUUUAAUACGUCCAGUAUUAUGCUUACCUAAUCACUGACUUAUAGCCUGGACUAUUUAUCUUUACAACAAUUGUGAUAUUACUUUCUUAACUGUGUUUAUCCUAACCAUUGAUAACUUAUAUACACUAGAUGGCGCAUCUCUUUUAGUAAAAUUGAAGCCAAGAAUAUUCCAGCGGUUACCCCCAUUUGAAUAGAUGUCGGCCAUGUUGGUCGUUCCCACUCGCUAAUAAACGCUUAAAAACAACAAUAACUUUCAUCAUUUGAAUAGUUUAAAAAGUAUUUGGAAUGGGUUUAACUUAAUGUUUAAGUUCCCUGUUUAAGAAAUAGAAAACAUACGAAUCUUCUCAUUUCAUGGGAACGACCUGAGACUGCAAUCACGGCUUCAAUUUUUGAAUUGCAGAAUAAUUAGAUGCACUAUCUAGUGUAUAUAAGAUAUCUAUGAUCCUAACCCACCCUGUCAAUUUUCCCUGUGGGAGGAAACCGGAGGACCCGGUGAAAACCCACAACGCAAAGCGUUGACCGACUCUUUAAAACCUCGAGAUUCGAGCUAUUUAAACAAGAUAACAAAGUAACUUGGAUUUUAAAUAGCUCGAAUCUAGAGUUUACAAGAUUUUCAUAUUCGGAGUCUGUUUCAUCUUGUAUUGCUGCAGUUUGGUCACUUUUUUUGUACAGCUGAGCUAUGUACUAUUUAAAAUACGGGCAGGAGUGCUUUAUCAGAUAUAAAACACAGGCGACAGCCGAGUGUUCUAUAUCUGAUAAAGACGGACUGCGAGUGUUUGAAAUGGCUUAAAAAACAGUUCAUCUUAUGAGUUCAUUGGCGAAGUAAUUUUAAAAUCAAUGUUGUUUAAGCCGAGAAAAUCAAAGCAAAAAUUUAUGUAAAUUAACAUCGGUAUUCAUUCCUUUGUCUUUUCCUUAUUAAUUAUUAAGAGGCAAUUUUUUUCAGUGUCACUUAUUUGCAAUGAAAAGUGUUCAAAACCUAAAAUCUUUUCGGCGUUCCUCUCAAAAUGACUUUGUUUUAGCUUUAUUCUCUAGUUUAUAGAGUUAGCUACCUUUCUAAAUGCAUCUGCCGGUUCAGAAACAUAAAAUUUUUAGUUAAAAAUUGUCAAUUAAAAUACAAUUAUCAAUGAUGCUUUAAAACUGAUGCCAUAUUUACAGCCAUAUAAGCAAAACUUACUGAACUUCAGACAUCAUUUUCUCUUUGGCGUAUCAUCUAAAAUCUCCACUUAUAUUUUAGCAUUAUUUUACAGAUAAAACACUAAACAUACUUUUUAAGUUUGUUUGCCGAUUGAGAAACGUAUGGAAAAAUAAAAAUUUUGAAUUUAGUCAUAACCUCAAGUGAUAUAUUAUACGCAUUAGUUUUGAGCGCGUGUUACGUAACAUACAAAAAAAUCUCCUCUUAAUGAGUUUUUGAAGCUCUAUUUACAUAUUUGUGGCAUUCAAAACAUCCAGGUGAUCUCGUGUUCGUAUUUUAGCCAAUCAGCGCUCAGAAAGGGUUGUCCGAAUAGAAAUCAAUUUUGAUGUUUUCAGUCAUUUAUAUCUUUCGUUAUUCUUUAUGAAACUAGUUGAAAUUUUGUAAUUAUGUUUGGUUAUGAGAACUACAGCUCUGACAAAAAUAUGGAAUCGAAAUAAAGUAUAUUAUAGGAGAUAUUCAGUUGUUUUAAUCAUAAAAUGGAUUUCUAUUUGACAACUAGUGCCAGUACUUUUCCGCGUAUCAAGAUCAUCUGGAUACUAAAGUGAAAUGUUAUGCAAAAAUCAAAUUAACAAAUAAACACUUUUCGAUUCCUGCCUAUAAAGGUUUAUGUCGAAAACUGUGCAUAGUAUUUGUGCGAAAUUUCCUUUUAAAAAAAAGCUUCAACAUAUAUGAACUAUUUUAAAAUAUUUAUUGUUCAGCUUGAGGCGAAUCAGCACAAAGCCAAGAAACUCCAGGAACAUGUGGACUCCGUAAAUGACUGGACAGCUAGUACCACUGUAUUCCUUGAUGAGUUCAAUGUCAUUGCCGGUCAACUUGUACCAAGUGACGCUUCUGGAAAAGACAAAGCAUCAGAUGUCGGUGAAACUGAUGCAACGGAUGGUCAAGGCGAUGCUGUUGAUGGAGACGAUGUCGAAAAAGCAAAGAAAGAACACGAAGAAAAAAUAAACGCUGCAAAUGAAAUGAUCCAUAAAAUUGCUGUAAGUUUUAUGAAGAUCGCAUCAGUUUUUACUCGGUAUAGUGUUUCUCUUGUCCAGUAACGUUGUAAAAUAACGAGAAAGUGCAAUGCUCUCUGAGUUAAAGAGAAGCGUAUUUCUGGUUAACGUAUUAACAUUUACAAUGUAACAACUUAAAUAGCCUACAAGGAGCACAUAGACUGGAAACGGUUUGCUAACAAGCAAUGAAAAUAAGCAUAAACGGUGCUGAUGUUAUCGAAGUGUGUAAUUUUUUUUAAUGUAUAUCAUUAGCAAGUAAUAGUACGGUUUCUCUUCCAAUGUGGAAAACACACACACUUUUCUGACCCGUGAAAUUUUGGUCCUCGAAAAUCUUACUCGUGCAUGUUUUUUCCAAAUUGCACUUGAAAUCGCACUAUAUUCUCAGUACUAUUUAAAACAUCAGCAGAAAGUAGUAGAGAAAAUUCGAGGUCAUAUUUAUUUCAAGUAAUUGUAUAUUCCAUUUUAGAUUCGACGUGUGGAUAUUGGUGAGUACGAAGCAUCGGUUGAUCGUAUCAAUGAACUUCAUGCAGAGCUACCUGGUGAACCAGAUCAGACAUCUGAGCUGGAUGUAAAGGUUGAACAGUUGAAUACUAACUGGAAGAAUUUCAAUACUGCUGUUGAUAAAGUUGCUUGGAUGAAAAUACCGGUAUGUGACAAAGAGACAUUCCUCUUGUAGUAACACUGGAUCAAUAAGCUAUGAACCUUACUGGACCUCUAGGAAGAUCAAUUUAGAACUGAUAGAGCUAUCCAGUAUAAAUAAAGUUAGUUUAGUUAAGGUUUCCUCCUGUAGUAACACUGGAUCAAUAGGAGAUGAUCCUUACUGGACCUCUAGGAAGAACAGUUUAGAACUGAUAGAGCUGUCCAGUAUAAAUAAAGUUAGUUUAUCAAGCUUAAUUAUUUCAUUUUUCCAGGGUGUUAAUUCACUUCAAGCCAUCACCUACAUCCUCCACGAUAUGAAAAUCAACAAAGCAGUCGAUGGUGUAGCUGGCUUGGAAACAUUUGACCAAUGGAAGGAAAAGGUUUCGGAGCUUGAAAAUUCUGUGGGGGUGGUAGAAACAAAAUUCAAGCCAGAGAAAGAUAUCAAAAAAGAUUAUGAUGAGAUCCAAGCUGUCUUCAGUAACAUUCAGGUAAGAGAAUAAGUUCUGGUGCUUAAACUAAACGUGAUGGACUAGUUUGUAGCCACGUGGAUUUAGAUCAAUGGAAUAUAUCUCUUUGCGCAACAAGUGAAAAAUUGUUGUCCUCUCCGACUGACUUAUAUGGUUGGACCUCUACUCAAGGUCUUAAAAUAAUUGAGGAGAAACAUAUACACAGUAAACGGUUAGACUUUCGCGUCUUCUCGGAUAAGGACGUUAAAUCGUAGGUAUACCAAGGAUCCCCUAUCAAUUGGCCAAUAACCUUUUGGGAAAUCCGCUCACCAAUGAGUGAGGAACUCGAUAAACUAAAACGGAGUCCAAAGUGUAAAAAAGUUUCCCAGUUUACAAGAAGAAUAUAGUUUUUCGAGAGGCUUUGAAGCCGCGACCUGCGAACUUAUAUCUUUUACGGUUUAAUUUCAGGAAUGUCAAGAAGAAAUUGAUGAAGAAGUUUUACCCAAACUUGAAGUGAUUCGUCUUGCUGGUGUUAAAUUUUGUUCUCCUUCUGAGGAAAGUUCGGAACCUGUUGCCGAAGAGAUCAAAACUGAAGUAUCAACCACAGUCCUUUCUCUUCAUGAGAAAAUUGAGAGUUUACAAACUAUAAUACAGCUUCAGAGACUAAGGUAUGAUUAUGGAGAGAACGGGGGAAUUUCAGGCCUGAAGGGUAGGUCUACAUCCCAUUUCUCAGCACAAAAUAGAUCUCUUUAGAAAAAACUUUAGGUUUAAAGUCUAUAAAUACCAGAUCUCUGAUUCGCAAUAGCAGAAAAAUAACCUCUCCAUUACAGUGCAAUAAUAAACAAAAUUGGGCAAAGAAUCGUUUGCGUGCUCAGUAUAAAAAUGUAAAAUAAAAUUGAAUCGUAUUUUCUUCUUAGGCUUGAAGAUGUUAUCUAUGAAUAUUUCCAUGAACGAGUGCGAUGUGAUCAACGUCUCCUAGCUCAACAACAGACCGAGAACAAGAGAUUGUUUCCAGUUGGCAAAGAUGUUGAUACUAUCAUUGUGCAGUUGGAAUUAAUUAAGGUUUGUCCUCAGUUUAAUUUCAUGACGAGAUUAAUGUAGUGGAAUGUUGCUGCUGUUGCUGUUAAUGUUGUUGUUGUUGCUGCUGUUCCUGUUUUUGCUGUUGCUGUUGCUGUUGUUGUUGUUGUUUCUGCCAUUGUGUCUCUAUUUUUUUUUUGUCAUUGCUUAUCUGUUAAUUCUUUUCGUCUUUGAUUCUUUGCUCUGGUUGCUCCCUAAAAUCAUUCUGUAUUCUUUAUUUUUGCACUCCAGGAAACUGAAGAAACGUUCAACACUAACGACAAGAAAUUUCAGGAAACACAAGCGCAGUUCAACGAAUUGAAUGAAAAGAAACUAAUUAAUGAUCCAGAACUUAUCACCUUUGUCAUUGAAAGUAACAAAAAUUUGGCAAUUCAGCGCAAGACGGUUGCAAAACUUGGUCUUGACAUUGAGCAAAAGUAAGUAUUACUGACGGGUGCUUUAUAAGGAUUUCGCUUGGUCUACAUGCAGCUAAAAAUAAGUGAGAAUAAUAAGUCAUUCAUGGAAACCUGUGGGAUGUGUGAACAAAAGAGUGAAGCAAAGCACAGCAUUUUUCUUGCGGGCGGAUUGUGCUAUUAAAAAACUUUCCUCAGGUUUUAAUACUUGAUUAAAUUGUUGGGCUUUUGUUUGAAUUUUCAGUAAGUUAAAUUCAAGUAGUUAAAAAGUAAUUCGAUGGUCCCUUACAGGCUUCGUCGUAAUCUGAUCGGCAAGUUCAACACCAGUAAAACCAAGUUUAACAAAUGGCUGAAGACUAUGGAGAAAAGGGAGAAAAGUGUGGAUUCUGAAGUCGUUGGUGUUGAAAAGUCCUUCACUGAGUGUAUUAAAUUGGAGGUAAGUUUAAAGUGGUUUGAUAGCGCUAUACCCAGUAUAAAUAAAGUUAGUUUAGUUUACGUUUCCUCCUGUAGUAACACUGAAUCAAUAAGAGAUGAUCUUUACUGGACCUAUAGGAAGAACAGUUUAGAACUGAUAGAGCUAUCCAGUAUAAAGUUAGUUUAGUUUAGGUUUCCUCCUGUAGUAACACUUGAUCAAUAGGAGAUGAUCCUUACUGGACCUCUAUAGGAAGAACAGUUUAGAACUGAUAGAGCUAUUCAGUAUGAAUAAAGUUAGUUUAGUUUAGUUUUCCUCCUGUAGUAACACUGGAUCAAUAAGAUCCUUGCUAGGCUUCAAAAACUGAUAAAGCUGUCCCGUAUAAUCGAAGUGACAAUAUUAACUAAACUAAAAUUGUAAAAAUAAUUCUAUUGUGUUAUUAGAGUAUCGCAGAAGAGCUGCCGAGCGGUGAGAAAAUUGAUGAACGUGUUGUCAAACUUCUGGUCCAGAUAAAUAUUGAAGUGAUGUGGACUGAGGCGGAGCUUGAUGCUUCAAGAGCUGAAGUGAACUCACUGACCGAUAGACAUACAUUGCUGAAGACAAAUAUUGAUGACAAACGCAAGACGUAAGAAAUUUUUUAUUGUUAUUGACGAGUUUCAUUCGUUUGUAUCCGAACUAGCUGAAAAAUAUAUCUCAAACGUGGUGGUCCAGUGUAGGUAGUAUUCUACAAUAAACUGUCGUGGUUUGUGUCUGAACUACCUGAAAAAGACAUUUCGAUGUUUUGACCGAAGGCCCAAUGUCAAGACGUCUGUAGCCAUGACUCAGAACCAUUGUUAUUUUUUGUUUCAAGAUUACAAACGAAAGUGAAAGAGGGUCUGGAUGAAACUCUUGGCGUGGCUGAGAAGUCCAUUUCUGAUGCAGAAGCCUGGGACAAACCAAGCACUCUCUCCGAUGAGCUGGAGCAAGCAACUGGCCAGAUUCAACAAUCAAUGGUAUUUAUAGAUUAACUGCAUUGCCGCGUGAAUUUGUAUAAUAGCUCUAUCAGUUCUAAACUAUUCUCCCUAGAGGUCCAGUGAGGAUCAUCUCUUAUUGGUCAAAUGUUACUACAAGUGGAGACCUAAACUAAACUAACUUUAUUUAUACUGGAUAGCUCUAUCAGUUCUAAACUGUUCUUCCCAGAGGUCCAGUAAGGAUCAUCUCCUAUUGAUCCAGUGUUACUACAAGAGGGAACCUAAACUAAACUAACUUUAUUUAUACUGGAUAGCUCUAUCAGUUCUAAACUCUUCUUCCUAGAGGUCCACUGUAAAUGUGAAGUAAAUAUAUACUUCAAAAAAAAUAGUUAUGAACAAUCUUUUUGAAUUUUUAGGAAAACGUAACCAAUGUGAACAAUAUGUACACUCAGACAAUGCAGUCUUUGAAGCGCCCUCAAGAAAUCGCGCAGUCUGGAGUCCUUCCAGUAGACGUGAGUGCUGAUAUUGAAACCAAGUGUCGUGAUCUGUCCAAGAGAGUUGGGCGGCUCCCAGCUGUUGUCCUCAGGAAUCAUAAGAGGUAAGUAGUGAAGUUAAUAGCGAGCUUAAACAAGGGACAUUGUUGUCAACACGAACGCCAGAUUGCCGAGGGGGGCUGGAUUAAAAACUGCGUUUGUAUCAGUCUGUAGUAAUGUUCAACACAUAUGACAGAACAUAAGAUUUUUAAAGGACGAAAGCUGUAUCUGGCUUACAUGUAUUGAUCAAACAUGGAUUUAGUCAUGAACUUCAUGAACCCACUAUCAUGAAUACAUACAAAAAAUCAUGAUAUUACAAAUAUUUCUAGUUUGUUCGAGGCGUUCACGCAAUUACUUCAUAAUGUUGUCAACGAAAGCGAACAAUGGAUCUCGCAGAAUGAAGGAAAUGUCAUGGUAUCUUUUGUGUCUAUCGCCAGUUUGGAGGACUUGAAGAAUAAAAUCCAGGAAAACAAGGUACUUUGUUGCUCUUGUCCCAAAACAAUGCAAUAACUGUGUUUCAGUAACUAUUAGGGAUGAUCGAAAAUUUGAAAUAAGGGAUAAAUUCUGAUACUACGAUUAUUAAAAUUAGUGUAGUAGAACUAAUGUUAUGACUGUUUUAAAAUAAAGUCUGGUUUCCUCAAUGAACCAUUGAAAUCAUGUCAGCUUGUCAACAAGAUGUGUUCGUAGUGCUUGUUCCCAGUUUGUUGACAAGUCUGGAACAAGUUGUUAUCAUCUUGUAACAAGGUUGACGAGGCCAACAGACUGGCAACAAGUUGUUCCAACAAGUCUGAUAUCGUCUGCACGUAACAAGUUGUUAACAAGUUGAUGACAACAAGCUCGUAGCGACUUGUUACGAACAGCCUGUGUUAGUCUUGUUGGAACAACUUGUAGCAAGCCUGUUACCGUCAUCAACCUUGUAACAAGGUGAUAACAACUUGUUCCAGACUUGUCACAACAACUGGGAACAAGCAGUGCGAACACAUCCUGAUAUCGACUUGACAACAACCUUGUUACAACUGGUUUCCAGAUCUGGGACAACUCGCUCGUUUUAACGUGUGUAGCUUGUUAACCACAUCUACCCCAUUUUGCCACAAUUAUUUUAAAUGCGUUUAAAAUUCGUUUAUCCAGGAAUUCGUUGUUGAGAUGAAGAAACACGACCUGGAACUAGUCAUUGUAGAGCUUGAGCGAAUGAGCAAUCCUGAUUUCAAACUGAAAGCCACGUCCAAAGAUCUUCAAAGCCGCCUUCUUGCUAUACAGAGGUCUGCCGACGAACGACAGCUUGUACUGCUCUCAAUACUCAACCAGUGGGAGGCCAUCAGAGAGAAGUUGAGGGAAUUAUUGGACUGGAUUGAUGUGAAAGAUUUGAAAUUAAAAGAAUUGAAAGAGCAAGUGAAUCUCGCUGACGAGGAUGAAGUCAAAGGUGAACUGAAAGAACUCAAGGUAAGAUAUUUUCCUGUUCUAAAUUCAUCUGGUUUACAGUACAUAUUUGGUUUCCUCCUGUUGCAACAUAACAGCAUGAGGAACAGAACUGAUAAAGCAAUUCAAUAUAAAUACAAUUGGUUUAAGUUUCCACCUGCAACACUGGAUCAAUAAGAGAUGAUCCUUACUGGACCUCUAGGAAGAACUGUUUAGAACUGAUAGAACUAUCCAGUAUAAAUAAAGUUAGUUUAGUUUAGGUUUCCUCCUGUAGUAACACUGGACCAAUAAGAGAUGAUCCUUGCUGGACCUCUAGGAAGAACAGUUUAGAACUGAUAGAGCUAUCCAAUAUAAAUGAAGUUAGUUUAGUUUAGGUUUCCUCCUGUAGUAACACUGGAUCAAUAAGAGAUGAUCCCUACUGGACCUCUAGGAAGAACAGUUUAGAACUGAUAGAGCUAUCCAGUAUAAAUAAAGUUAGUUUAGCUUUCUUCCUGUAGUAACACUGGAUCAACAAGAGGUGACCCUUACUGGACCUUAAUGUACCCUCAUGGAAUUGCAUUGAUAACGUGUCCAUAAUCCAAUGAUAUUCAAUCUUUUUUCACAGGUAAUGCAAGCACAAAUGGAAGACGAGUAUCCAGAAGUUGUAAACUUAAAAAAUAUGGGUGAAGGUCUGAAGAAAAUCCUGGGAGAUGAAUCUAAAGCCAGCGCUCGCGUGGACGAACAAGUCAAUGACUUCGUGGAUUGUUGGAAGACCCUGGCCUGCGAUAUUCAAGAAAAGAUAAGAAAGGUUUGUGCGGAGAUCUCAAGAGAAUGCAGAUCGAGACGUAGCUAAAUUAGUUGCUUCGAACUUGUCUACUUAUUUUGCAGUGAUAAGCAAUUCAUACGCAUUUUCUGAGCUUAUCUGUUUAGUUCAAAAAAUUAGUACUAUUAACAGCUAUCCCAUCAGAUAUAACUUUUGUUGAAUCCAUCAGCAAAUACUAUUUGUAAUCAUGUUUGACUGAACAUGCUCUAAAUUGAUCGUUUUAUAGCUCGAGUCUUCGGAGAGACAACUCAGCACAAUGCACAGAUACAUGGAUAACACUCAAGACUGGAUGGAUGACGUCACUGAAAUACUUGACCAGUACGCAGCCAAUGAGCGACGAUUACAAGGUCUGCCUGCCGAAGAUAAGCCGAAAGAUUCCGAGGCUGAACCGAAUGUGUCCGAAGAAGGGGAUAAAGUUUCAGACGAUGAACCGAAAGUGUCCGAGCAAGUGGCGAAAGAUUCCGAAGGAGAGCCGAAGGUUUCCGAAGGUGAAUCGAAGGUUUCCGAGGAAAAGGCUGACGUUUCCGAAGUUGAACCUGAAGUAAAGGAACUGGAUGAAGAUGGGAAAGAAGAAUUGCGGCAGGAAAACAAGAAUAUGAUGCAAGCAUUUGUGGUGAGUGUGUUGUAAACGUGGACAUGUACUACUACUGAAGACGUAGGGGCCUGUUCUUAUGAUUGUCGGGAAGAUCACCUGAAUGUAAUGAACAAUCCCUCGGCAAAAAUGAACAUCCCUGUCUGGUGGAUUAUUCCACUUGAAAAAGUUCCCACUAUUUCUUCCGUGGUUCAUUUCUCCCAUUUAUUAAUAAAUUCUAUGUCAUGUUGUUGCAGAUCAAGCGUCAAAGCCGCGCCACAUGUCAAGCAUUUGUGGACUGGGCAGGAGAACUGGGACAGCAAGCCUCGGAGGAUCUCGAUGACGAAUCCAGAGAUGUUCUUAAGAUUCGGAUUGAAAAAUUCCAAUCUGAUUGGGAUGUCUUUACGAACAAGAUUGAAGAUUUCUCUCAAAAUAAUGCAGAGGUAAGCAUUAAGUUUUAAGUUUAGAACUGAUAGAACUAUUCAGUAUAAAUAAGGUUAGUUUAGUUUAGGUUUCCUCCUGUAGUAACACUGGAUCAAUAAGAGAUGAUUCUUACUGGACCUCUAGGGAGAACAGUUUAGAACUGAUAGAGCUAUCCAGUAUAAAUAAAGUUAGUUUAGUUUAGGUUUCCUCCUGUAGUAACACUGGAUCAAUAAGAGAUGAUUCUUACUGGACCUCUAGGAAGAACAGUUUAGAACUGAUAGAGCUAUCCAGUAUAAAUAAAGUUAGUUUAGUUUAGGUUUCCUCCUGUAGUAACACUGGAUCAAUAAGAGAUGAUUCUUACUGGACCUCUAGGGAGAACAGUUUAGAACUGAUAGAGCUAUCCAGUAUAAAUAAAGUUAGUUUAGUUUAGGUUCCUCUUGUAGUAACACUCGAGCUAGGCAGCUCCGUUAAUAUGAUCACAUGGACUGACCUUAAAAUUUAUACCAUUUUCAAUAUUCUUCUUUUACAGGACAUCGAAUUCAUAGAAUUUCAGUUGGCAGAACAACAAAGCGAAGAUCUCCCAGAGACAGUGACGUUUGAGGAAUGGAAGACGGAAAUAUCCCAUAUGGAUGAUUGGUUCACGUCGAUGGAUGAGAAAUGUAUUGACGUGACCAUAUCACGUGACAGUAACAGUUUAAAGAAGGGAGAACAAGACACCAAGGUUUGGAAAAUUUCUUGAAAUACUGGAUUGAUUCAGUUGAGUUUAUAAUGGUCCCUUGCUUGCCUACAACCUCGUAUCUAACAGAUUUUCAGAAGUAAAAAGUACCCUGGUUAUUUGUAAUAUGUAAAUGCUUAGAUUUUCUCCUACAAAGAUUUUUCAUAAUUGUUUUGUUUUUUGGAAAUACCGCAUAACUUUAUUUGUGGUUACGGAUAGAUUUCUGUAUUGAUGAUUCACAUUUCUUUAUGCAGAUAAUACUAACGGAGUUCCACAAUGAAGGUAAACCGCGCUUCAACAAGAUCAUAGUCCUGGGACGGAGAUUGAUCGAUACUAAUUCCCAGACCCCUGAAGACCAGCAGGAGAUUACCAUCACUAUUACGAAGUUCACCAAACGGAUGAUUGAAAUGGAGCGAACUGUUGAGCUACAGCGAAUAAGGUUUGUAAUUUACCCAUGACAUCAUCACCUUAGUAUUUAUACAUGAACUUGUGGUUAGAGCUCGACAACUGGACUCUGUAGCUCAGUUGGUUAGAGCGCUCCUUAUCAUUAGAUUCAGGUCAUUGAGAGAAAGAUUUUGAUAUAUGUUCGACGUCUGUACAUUGUAUGAUUGUGCUGAUCAUUUUAUUUAGAACGAUGGAGACCAUCGUGGAUUACUGUAAAGAAAGAUUGGAUCAUUGUGAAUCAUCUGUAGAACGAGACGAGAUUAACACGAAUCAACUCACACCAUCUGGUUCAACUCCUGAAGCCGUUCAUGAACAAAUUGUGCUCUUGAAGGUUCGUCUCGAGUUUCAAUUAGAUAUGUGUUUGCUUAACUAAAUUUGUGUCAUAGUGGUUAAGUUUCCCCUGUAGUAACACUGCAUGGAUCAAUAAGAGAUGGUCCUUAAUGGACCUUUAGGAAGAACAGUUUAGAACUGAUAGAGCUAUCCAGUAUAAAUAAAGUUAGUUUAGUUUAGGUUUCCUUUUGUAGUAACACUGGAUCAAUAAGAGAUGAUCCUUACUUGGACCUCUAGGGAGAACAUUUUAGAACUGAUAGAGCUAUCCAGUAUAAAUAAAGUUAGUUUAGUUUAGGUUUCCUCGUGUAACAGCAUAAAUGAUUGAAAUAUGUGUUCCUAUCAGGUAUGUGAAGAUGAAAUUCCUCAACACGAAGAAGAAUUUGUGGAAAUUCAAACGUUCACGAUGGAAACAAGACACCCGGGCUUCAUCACGUAUGAAACUCAAUCGGAACUGGAGAAAAGUUGUAAAGCGAUCGACAAAAGAAGAACUGAAGUGGACAAACAGAUGAAAGAAAGUCACAACAGGUGGGGAUUGAGACAUCAAAUAUGUAGAGCAGCCUAUAAAUAAUACAUACAUUAUAAGCAGCCGUGUUGUAUCAGAUGUACAAACUCCAGCCAAGAGGUUGGUAUGUUUCGUAAAACACAGACCCGAAUAGCUUGUUUUCAACUAUUGUGUUUCAAGAAAUUAUUCAAAACGAAGUAAUUUAACGAUGGUCAAUAGAAGAAGGUUAGGAAACUAGUAGUAGUAGUACAUAUUGCAUUCAAUAUCCAAACCUUUUUUCUCAGACUGUAUCGCACGAUGGUGAAUUUCUUUGAUCAACGUAAGAAAGUGACGCUGAAGUGGUUGAGCAGUUGUGAGCGAAAGGAACGACAAGUUAAACCUGAUGUGAAGGAAUUAAAAGACAGCAAGAAUGAAUAUAUCAAAGUCAAGGUAACAAUAGAAUCUGCUUCAAUAUAUUGCAAGCAUAUCCAGGGUUAUUUAUAAUAUGCGUUUAGACUUACCUUGCACAAAAUUUCGUGAUAAAUAGCCGAGAUCCCUGUCUGUGUGCUCAUGCAUAAUUUUAUGGCAGCAGAUUGAAUACUUUCGGAAUGGCAACAUUUCUUUCGUAAUUUUUGUUAAUUUUAUUACAUUUGGUUUUGUCUAUUUAGGAAGUACGCACUGAGUUUGAUGAAGGUCGCCAGAACUUUGUUACAUUUAUUGAAGUUCACAAGCUGGUCCUUGCCGAUGACGUCAUGGACAGUAAGAAAUCUGCAGAGGUCGAGAGAGAUGCGAACUCGAUAUCUGGUCGAGUUGAACAAGUUGACAAAAUCUUACAUGAACAGGAAACCAAGUACGUUUUGAACAUAUGGCUUCUCUCGUUCAGCUCUAUCAGUUCUAAACUGUUCUUCCUAGAGGUCCAAUAAGGAUAAUCUCUUAUUGAUCCAGUGUAUUAAUUAUUUGAUUGUCUCUUCUUCUCUAGACUCUAUACAACUCUGUUAACAACAUUAACGCUACUCUUGGAUUCCAUUGAGACGACAUUGAGUGAUGCCCGAGGAAGAAUAAAACCGGACGAAGUUAUUUCGACUUACUUUAAAACCGCCAAGAAACAGAUGGAUGAAACCAAGGUAUAUCAGUGAAUUUUGCAUAUUGACCCAACGUGCGUAACCCAUAGCAUCGCUCUGUACAUAAAAUUGUGUUACAAGUUGCGCCAAAAUUGCCUCCUGUCACAUGGCCUUAAGGUUGAGUUACGCGAGCAAUAAAAUUGCUGCAACUUAAAACAAAAUAUGAUUUCAACGCAUGUUAAGUGAAAAUGUCUACACAUAAAUUACAAAUCACCAUGUGUCGACAUUUCUACUUAACAUGCGUUGAAAUCGGAUUUUGUUGCAAGUUGCAACAAUUUUGUUGCUCAUGUAACUCCAGCUUUAUUAAUAAGAUCCUUCUUGUUUUGCUCAAAUAUGGCUGAUAAACUAAAGCAUUUGUUUUUGUGUGUAGGCUAUGGCCCGCGAUAUUCAAGUGAUUCAGUUAGCCAGCAACAAACAGUUAGAGCAAGGGGAGGAUGUUAAGAAAGCUAAAUUACUUGGACCUGAGGAUGCUGACAGUGUAGAAUUACGGCUCAGUGAUUUGACGAAGAAGUCCGCUGACCUGCAAGAAGCGGCUCAAGGAAAAGAAGCCAGGUUCGUCUAAGUUUAUUUAAUGUUGUUUUUCUGUUUAGAACAGUUUAGAACUGAUGGAGCUGUAUAGUCCAGUAUAAAUAAUGUUAGUUUAGUUUAGAUUUCCUCCUGUAGUAACACAGGAUCAAUAAGAGAUGAUCCUUACUGGACAUCUAGGAAGAACAGUUUAGAACUAAUAGAGAUACCCAAAGGUUUCCUGUGUUUGACCAAUUGUUAUAUCGUUUUCAGAAUGCGAGUUGAGUAUGUGACAACGUUUAAGACAGAGUUACAGCGAUGUAGUCAAUGGAUCACAUUCCUGGAGUUAAGAGUUGAGAAGACUUUGGCUGAAGCUGAGGAUUACCUUGGAUAUAAGCAGCUCAAAGAAGAUCACGAUGUAUGUAUAUAUCACUUAGUUUUAGGAGAUUUUAGAAAAGUGCAAAUGUGCUAAAAUCAGACCGAAACUCUGAUGGCAGUAGUACACAUGUAUAUGCAUGAACAUUUAUUGUGUUUUCACGUUCUACUUACCGUACAGAGAGAAGCUCGCGCCUAAGGUUACCGUCAGGUAUAUCACAGGGAAAAUUUUAAUUUUCCAAUACUUGGUUUUUGAACUUUUUGUUUCACCGAUUCUCGCUACGGACUUAUGACACUUGUGCGAAAAGAGUCAGUCAACACUCUAGCGCAAGUCGUGGUUUUUCAUCGAACGUGUGCGGCUUUGCAAUUCCAGUGCAACGCUCUAACCAACUGAGCUACAGAGGCCAGUUGUCGAGCUCUAACAACAAGUUCGUGUAUAUAAUAUACUAAGGUCUAAAAUCUAAAUAUGAUUGCAGCAUUUUGAAGAGGACUUGAAGGUCUACGAUCUCAACAUGUUGGUCAAAGAAGUCGAGAAGAUUGAUGAACUGGAGGCCGUAGUCAAGGAAGAGCUUGCAGCUUUGGAGAAACGUUGGAAGAAGCUUCUAAGAUGGUCGGAAGAGAGAGGACUGAGAUUGUCCAAAAUUGUUUCACUGUGGUCGAAAUUCCGUCUGGAGGAGAUCGCGAUAUUGAACUGGAUUGAUGAGAAAGGAGAACAAUUGAAAGUUGCAGAUGACGUGAACUUGGCUGAUGAGGAAAAUGUGACCGAACAAUUGGAUGUAUUGAAGGUACAGUUAAAUGCAGUGGCGAGCUUAGGCCUGUUUUAUACGUCGAAUUUUAUACGUCGAAUUUUGGUCUCGUCGAAUGCAAUUAAGACAAUAGAUAAUGAGAUGAUAAACCUCAUUAAGCUUCAUUAUCUAUUGUUUAAAUUGCAUUCGACGCGACCGAAAUUCAACGUAUAAAACAGGCCUUAGUCAUGGCAACAGGUCUUGGUUGAUGAGAGUUUAGGAGAGUAUAAACUAGCCCUUGAGGGUUAUUCUGAAUGUAAACUUGUCUUGUUUUUAGUCUCUGACGGCAGAACGAGAAGAAUACGUGAGGCGUUCAACAGACGUUGAGAGCAUGGGCCAUGAACUGAAGAGAAUUGUCGGAGACAACACGAAGGCUGGCGACUUCAUUCAGAAACAACUUGUUGAUCUUGAUCAAGUUUUUAACGAACUCAUUAAACAAAUCGUCCAGAAAACUGUACAGGUAAAUUAACAUUAGAAGAAUGUGUAUAAUGCCUUUGGUUCCUGGGCUGUAAGUUUCCUAACUUCUAAGGCCCUGUUCACAUGAACCCGGGACAGCGUUAUGUCUCGGGGCAAGCAAUUGUCGCGGGACAAAAAUUGUCUCGGCUCCUUAGUAAAAGAAUAGUUCUGUUCACAUGAUAUUUUACUUGUCCCGGGACAAGAAUUGACCCGAGUGCCUCGCCUCUGUAGACAGGGACACUCGCCUAGCCGAGACAACUUUUCCUCAUGUGAACACUUGGCCCCGGGGCAACUUUGUCCCGGGAUAAUUGAAUUUUUGGUAAAAUCGCGGCUAUAAUUACAUUUAGAGCACGUUGGACUCCACAAAACUUGUUAUUUGAUUGAAGAUAUCAUUAGAAAUCUAUAAGUGAUGAUUCUAAUAAUAUUAAAAUAAAAUUGUCGCUAAUAUCAUGUUUGAAACCAAGAAGUGUAGUAUGUUACUCAAAGAAUUUGAUCUGGUCAAUCAGAAACAAUGAAUUGAGGACAUUUUAUUACGGCUGAUAAUCAACUACGUUCUAUUUGUAAAUAUCAUAACAUAAAAUACGACUUGCGUUUAUCAGAAUGUUUUUUAUUUAGCAAUAUUUCACCGUUUCACGUUGGCGGGAAUAUUUUGAUUCCCGCGUAAUGUAUUUAUAGGCAUGACCCGCGCUAGCUUUGUUCAUGUGAACAGACGAUAUCAGUACCCCGGGUCAAUGACUUGUCGCGGGGCAGUUGUUUAUCCCGGGAUCAUGUGAACAGGGCCUAACAGAGACGGAAAAAUGCACAACAGGCAAAAAGAAAAUGCUGCUGAAACACUUUCUACCAGAUCCCUUUUAUUGUUAAAUCAUUUAACCAAAUCAAACUUUUUCUCACAGCUCGAAUCCGCACAACGGAGACUGCAAUCAAUGUCUGAAGAGAUGAAAAUAGUCAAUACUUGGUGUAACGAAACUGAAGUACUCUUGGACGAAUAUGACGUCAUGGAACAAAAGUUGCAAGAUCUGAAUGUUGGUUACAAGGCCGGGUCGCCUCAGGAGACUGGGGAACAGGAAGUGAAAACGGAGAGUAAAAAAGAAAAACGCGCGAGACUGAAAGAGGAGAAAGCCACGCUGAGAGAACACAUGAUCCAGCAGAUCGAAAAACUUUCUGUGAGUAAAUGAUUUUGAAAUAAUUUGACCUUUCCUGUGAUAUACAAUUGCCUAAUCAUAAUUUUACCUCAGUUGCGUCUGAGACUCUUCCAGUUCUGUAGUAACACUGGAUCAUUAACAGAUGAUUCUUACUGGACCUCUAGGGAAAACAGUUUAGAACUGAUAGAACUAUCCAGUAUAAAUAAAGUUAGUUUAGUUUAGGUUUUCUUCUGUAGUAACACUGGAUCAAUAAGAGAUGAUCCUUUCUGGACCUCUGGGAAAAACAGUUUAUAACUGAUAGAACUAUCCAGUAUAAAUAAAGUUAGUUUAGUUUAGGUUUCCUCCUGUAGUAACACUGGAUCAAUAAGAGAUGACUCUUACUGGACCUCUAGGAAGAACAGUUUAGAACUAAUAGAGCUAUCCAGUAUAAAUAAAGUUAGUUUAGUUUAGGUUUCCUCCUGUAGUAGCACUGGAUCAAUAAGAGAUGAUCGUUACUGGACCUCUAGGGAGAACAGUUUAGAACUGAUAGAGCUAUCCAGUAUAAAUAAAGUUAGUUUAGUUUAGGUUUCCUCCUGUAGUAACACUGGAUCAAUAAGAGAUGAUCCUUACUGGACCUCUAGGAAGAACAGUUUAGAACUGAUAGAGCUAUCCAGUAUAAAUAAAGUUAGUUUAUUUCAUUUUCUACUUUCAGGCGAAGUUUGAAAAGCUCCAGGUGAACGACUCGAAAGUGAAACGUGUUAACACAAUGGGCGAUGAACUGAAAGAAGAAAUCACUGACGCAGCAAAACAAGAUCUCGACCCGAAACUCCAAGCUUUCAACGAGAGAUUCAAUGCUGUGAGUGAGCGGCUCAAAGAUAUGGCCAAUAAGGAUCUUCCUGAAAGUUCAGGCUGUUGGUUUGUGCGCUUUAUGCGUCGAAAGAUGUUUCUCCCUUCAAUGAACUGAAUAACCUCAAAAGCUAAGUAACUUGACAGUAAUUAGUAGUAAUUAGUAUAAUUAAGUAGUCUUUAAUAACAUAAUUGGCAAAAUGUGGCCAUUAUAUUAACUUUAUAUAGCAAUUUUGCUUCACUCUACUGUGUGGAAUCAAAUAAUUUAGACAUUUUUUCAUGUAAUAACUUUAGUUUAAUACUUUAAUUCAAUCCUAUAUGUGUGUUUCUGUAAUAUUGUAUCAAGUUUAUGAUCCAUUAAGUGUGUUCGAACUUGUCAAAAAUAUGAACUGUUUAACCAGUGUGGUAUGUAACACUUAGGAAUCUUGAAUUAGUUUGGAAUUAGAAUUUCCUAGUUUUGUAUUCGUUUAUUUUUUCAUUAAAUUUGCUUCUAGUUGCAAAAUUUA